AGAUAACACUAGGUUGAGGAUGGCUAGUGUAAAUGUUGGUACUCUGAGAGGUAGAGCAGGUGAAGUAGUUGAAAUGUUAGAACGUAGAUCUGUUGAUAUGUGUUGUGUUCAGGAAGUUAGGUGGAGAGGAGCUUCAGUGAGAUUUGUGGAAGGUAGGAGGGCAAGGUAUAAGCUUUUUUGGAUUGGUAAUAGUGAUGGAUAUGGAGGGGUUGGCAUAUUCGUUGCGGAGAAGUGGGUAGAAAAAGUAAUAGAUGUUAUGCGUGUUAAUAGUCGUAUUAUAGUGAUAAAGUUUUUGAUAGGUAAUAGGAUUGUCACUUUUCUGUCAGUUUAUGCUCCACAGUGUGGACUCAGUGAGGAAGAUAAAGAUAAGUUUUAUGAUGAGUUAAUAGCAGUCACAUCAAAGUUUGGAGACACUGAACUUGUCAUGGUGGGCGGCAACUUCAAUGGUCAUGUUGGGAAGUCAUCUGAAGGUUAUAGAGGUGUGCAUGGAGGCUAUGGAUUUGGGAGCAGAAAUAAGGAAGGGGAGAGAUUGCUUGAGUUUGGAAUGGCAACGGACAUGGUGGUUUGCAACACAUCAUUCAGUAAGAGACAGAGUAGGCUGAUAACAUAUGAGUCAGGUGGUUGUAAGACACAGAUAGAUUACUUUUUGGUUAGAAAGUCAGACAAGAAAGUGGUGAAGGACGUGAAAGUUAUAUCGAGGGAAGAGAUAAUAUCACAAACCAGCAUAGGUUGUCCAUGGGAGUUAUUGUAUGCAGAUGAUUUGGUUCUCAUAGCAGAGUCGAUGGAAGAAUUAGUUGAAAAGUUUGAGAAGUGGAAGAAAGGACUAGAAGAGAAAGGGCUGAAGGUAAACACAGCAAAGUCUAAAGUCAUGAUAAGUAGCAUUGCAGCCAAGUGUGACCUUGUAGUUGGAAAGUGGCCUUGUGGAGUUUGCAGGAAAGGGGUUGGUAGUAACUCAAUUUUUUGUCAGACUUGCAAGCAUUGGGUACAUAAGAAGUGCAGUAGUAUUAGUGAAAGGUUAAGAGCUGACAUACAGUUUGUAUGCAAGCGUUGCAAAGGUGAGAUUAUAGAGAAUGAAGUAUUUCCAGCUUUAAUGAUGUACAACAGUGGCUCGUUAGAGAUAGUUAAGAACUUCUGUUACUUAGGUGAUAUGUUGGGCAGUGAAGGGGGUGUUGGAAGAAGUGUUACUUGCAGGAUAGGUUUUGCUUGGAAAAAGUUUAGAGAGUUACUUCCUUUAUUGACUAGCAGAGUCCUGUCAAUUGAGGUAAAAGGUAGGUUGUAUGAGGCCUGUGUAAGAAGUGUUAUGUUGUACGGUAGUGAGACAUGGGCAGUGAAGCAGCAAGAUCUUGACUGUUUAGAAAGGAAUGAUAUAAGAAUGGUUAGGUGGAUGUGUAAUGCCAGUCUGAGAGACAGAAAGAGUUCAGAUGAGCUAAGAAGCAGGCUAAGUCUCCGUAGAAUUAAAGAUGUUAUCCAGAUAAGAAGAUUGAAUUGGCUGGGGCACUUGGAAAGAAUGGAGGAGGAUAAUUGGGUAAGAAAGUGUAGAGACUUGAUAGUUCCUGGGGCAAAGCCCAGAGGCAGACCGAGAAAGACUUGGCAGAAGGUUAUAAGGACAGACUUGAUAGAGAGGAAGUUGAGUUUAGAUCUAACACAGUCUAGAUCAGAUUGGAAGAGGGUCAUUAAUAUACCCCGUCCAACCCAUGCUAGCAUGGAAAACGGACGUUAAGCCGAGAAUGAUGAUGAUGAUGAUGCACACGACACAGUUGUAGACAGACAUCCAUAUAUAUACAGACAUACACAUAUGACACAGACAGACAUAAAGGCAAACACAAAGACAGACAAACUUUGUAACAAAUUCCACGAAGUAGUGCAUUAAGAAUUA